CAAAAACAGUCAGACAAGAAAAGACAUUGAAAACAGUUCACAAUGUAUACACUAUUUACGCUUUUAGCAAUCCUCGUCAUAUUGCCACUGGUUUUUAAUUCAAUCUUUCCUUACUUCUGGCAAGAUUUAUCCUGUAUUUUAAACUACUUCCGAUGCGGAAUGCGGUUUCGUAAAUACAAAACGAAAAAGCCCUUCUUUUCUAUUUUGGAUUGCUUUUUGGAAGUGGUGCAGAAGCAGCCGGACAAACCUUUUAUCGUGUUUGAGAAUAAAACCUAUUCUUACCUGGACGCGGAUAAACAAAGCAGUAAAGUUGCCAGAGCUUUACAGAAGCACGCUGGCUUGAAAGAAGGAGACACGGUUGCGCUGUUUUUAGGGAAUGAACCCGCUUUCAUUUGGACCUGGUUGGGUCUGGCUAAAUUAGGAUGUGCUGCUGCAUUUCUGAAUUCCAACAUCAGAUCAAAAUCACUCAUGCAUUGCUUCUCCUGCUGUGGGGCUCGUGUGCUAAUCGCUGCUCCAGAGCUGGAAGGUGCUAUUGAAGACGUGCUUCCUUCACUCCAAGAGCAGAAAGUGUCUGUUUUUAUCCUGAGUGAAGAGUCCACCACACCGGGGAUUGAAAGCCUUAAUGACAAGAUUCAUCAGGCUUCUGACCAGCCACUACCACAGUCUCUGAGGUCCAAUGUUACCAUGAAAAGUAUUGCAGUAUAUAUCUACACCUCUGGCACCACAGGCCUUCCCAAGGCUGCUGUCAUAACGCAGGAACGGGUCUGGGCUACGUCUCUGCUUCAGGAGAUCUGUGGCGUGAACUCGGAGGAUGUCUUCUACCUUAAUUUGCCUCUGUACCACAGCUCAGGGUUUUUGAUGGGACUGAUGGGAGCCAUAGAAAAAGGUACAACCGUUGUUUUAGGGCGCAAGUUUUCAGCCUCUCAGUUUUGGGAUGACUGUCGGAAGCACAAUGUAACGGUUAUACAGUACAUUGGAGAGGUGCUGCGCUAUCUCUGCAACGUUCCAAAGAAAGACAGUGAUCAGGAUCACAAGGUUAGGCUUGCUUUUGGCAAUGGUGCCAGAGCAGACACCUGGAAGGAGUUUUUAAAGCGUUUUGGAGAUAUUCGAAUCUGUGAAUGUUACGGUGCGACUGAGGGGAAUGUGGGGUUUACAAACUGUGUUGGAAAGGUCGGUGCUAUUGGACGGGAGAUAUUUCUUUACAAGAAGCUCUUACCCUACGCACUGAUUCAAUAUGACACUGAGAGAGAAGAGCCUGUUCGGGACUCCCGAGGUCUUUGUGCCCUGGUUCCCAAAGGGGAGACAGGCCUGUUAGUAUCAAAGAUCAGCAAAAUAGCUCCUUUUAAUGGAUAUGCAAGAAACCAGCAGCAAACUGAUAAGAAGAAGCUGAGAGACGUCUUCGAGAAAGGAGACCUCUACUUCAACAGCGGGGACCUCCUAAUGGUGGACCAGGACAACUUUGUGUACUUUCAAAACAGGACUGGAGACACAUUCAGAUGGAAGGGGGAGAACGUGGCCACCACAGAAGUCUCUGAUACCCUGCUCAUGUUGGAUUGUAUCAAAGAAGCUAAUGUGUAUGGUGUUGCAGUCCCAGAUCAUGAAGGGCGAAUAGGAAUGGCUGCUGUGAAGCUAGAGGAGGCUAAACAACUUGAGUGUGACAAGGUCUACAGCCACGUUGUCAGCUAUCUGCCCAGUUAUGCAAGACCACGCUUUCUUAGAAUUCAGGAUUCCUUAGAGGUCACUGGAACAUUCAAACUAGUGAAAUUCAAGUUAGCAGAAGAGGGUUUCAACCCAGCUGUAGUCCAGGAUCCACUCUACUUUCUGGAUGAAAAUGAAAAGAUGUAUGUACCGAUGACCCAGGAAAUCUACAAUUCCAUCAUUUCGAAACAUGUCAGGCUAUGAGAUUGCAUGUAAAUUAUCACAUUUCUAACUCAUUUAAGUGUGAUUAUUCACUUACCAAUAACUAUUAAAAAAGGAAGAUUGUUUUUGUUAUGCCCACUGCUUAUACUUGGGCUAAUAAGGCUCAUAAAAUAAUUUCUUGCAUAAAGUGCCCUUUGGAUACCAUCAGUAGCAACUACACUUGUACAUUAAAUCUAGUACUGAAGUUAUUUCAUAGAGUCAGUUUUUGAAUUAGAUUUUUAUUUUAAACAUUUACAUACUUUUGUAAUAUCUUUAUACAUCGCGCGUGGCUCUUAUAGUUUUAAGUAUUUUGGUGCAGCAAGCCUUAUGCACAAAGAAUGCAUGAGUUACAUAUGCUGACUGACAAGUAAACCUGUAGACAACCUGUAUUAAAACACUGAAAAACCA